AUUUUUGCUUAUUUUUUGUGUAAAGGUUUCUUGAAACACUGACGUGGUUUCAUUUAUUUCCUUAUACCACUCACGAUAAGAUAACACGUUGCCAUACAGCUGAAAAAAGGCUUACAGUUUCAAACCGCCCAUAAAAUCACUUUAAAAAUAUCGUAAACAUAGCUAGAAGAACAAAACUCGUUUUAAUCAUGGUUGGGUUAGCAGCGGCAUUAGGCUUUUUGCUGAUUAUAACAGCGGCUCGCUCUGAAGAAGCACCGAAAGGGCCCAAAGUAACUCAUAAGGUCUCGUUUGAUAUAAGCUUAGGAGGGGAUCCUUUGGGCACUGUUGUUAUUGGCUUGUUUGGUAAGACUGUGCCGAAGACUGUGGAGAACUUUUACCAGUUAGCACAGAAACCAGAGGGUGAAGGCUAUAAGGGCAGCAAAUUCCACCGAGUCAUUGAUAACUUCAUGAUUCAGGGUGGAGACUUCACCAAGGGUGAUGGUACUGGAGGUCGCAGCAUUUAUGGAGAGCGUUUUGAGGAUGAGAACUUCAAGCUGCGUCACUAUGGUGCUGGCUGGCUGUCUAUGGCAAAUGCUGGCAAGGACACAAAUGGCUCUCAGUUCUUCAUUACAACUGCCAAGACAGCUUGGCUAGAUGGCAGACAUGUUGUAUUUGGAAAAGUGCUUGAAGGCAUGGAUGUCAUACGUAAGAUUGAGAAGACUCCCACUGGAACUAAUGACCGCCCAGUAAAGGAUGUUGUCAUCACUAACUCACGUGCUGAGGUUGUCUCAGAACCCUUCAGUGUUACAAAAGAAAGUGCUCAAUAGAUAAUAUAAGUUAUAAAAUAAAUAAGCAUAAGCAAUAUACCUCUCUCUAUACCAGCAUUUAAUUUUAAGUUAAAAUUUAUUUUUAAUAAUGACACUAAUAUUGCCUCAAGAGAUUAUUGCUAAUUGGAUAACUAAUGUCAUUAAUUUUCUUGAAUAAAAGAAGUCUUUCAUUA